AUGGGGGCCAGCACCUCCAGCAGGUCACCCCCCUUUGAUGGGAGCGAGGAUGUAACCUUCGACCAUUUUGAGAUUUUGCGAGCUAUUGGGAAGGGCAGCUUUGGAAAAGUCUGUGCGGUGCAAAAGACUGACACCAAGAAGAUGUACGCCAUGAAAUACAUGAACAAACAGAAGUGCGUGGAGCGAAAUGAAGUGAGAAAUGUUUUCAAGGAGCUGCAGAUUAUGCAGGGCCUGGAACACCCUUUCCUGGUUAAUUUGUGGUACUCAUUCCAGGAUGAGGAGGAUAUGUUCAUGGUGGUUGACCUGCUGCUCGGAGGGGACCUGCGCUACCACCUCCAACAAAACGUGCGGUUCCAAGAGGCGACUGUGAAACUCUUCAUCUGUGAGCUGGUGCUGGCCCUUGACUACUUGCAGAGCAGGCACAUCAUCCACAGAGACAUCAAGCCCGACAACAUCUUACUGGAUGAGCGCGGACACGUGCACGUCACUGAUUUCAAUAUUGCCACCAUGCUGACCAAGGAGAGCCCUGUCACCACCAUCGCUGGCACCAAGCCCUACAUGGCGCCUGAAAUGUUCAGCUCCACAAAACCCACCAGCUACUCCUUUGCCGUGGACUGGUGGUCGCUGGGAGUCACUGCCUACGAGCUGCUCCGAACCCGGAGGCCGUACCACAUUCGGUCCAGCGCUUCCCCAGGCGACAUCGCCCGCGUGCUCAGGACGGCGGCGGUGGCGUUCCCGGCGGCGUGGAGCCCGGGCAUGGUGGGGCUCAUCAGGAAGUUGCUCGAGCUGAACCCCGAGAAACGUUUCUCUCAGCUCAAGGACAUCCAGUCCUUCCCGUACCUGUCUGAUGUGAACUGGGAUGCUGUUCUCCAGAAAAGAAUACUGCCAGAAUUCAUUCCCGUGAAAGGCAAACUGAACUGUGACCCAACCUUUGAACUGGAAGAAAUGAUCCUGGAAUCCAAACCUCUUCACAAAAAAAAAAAGCGCUUGGCUAAGAAGGAGAAAGACACAAGCAAAAUCAAUUCAUCCCAGGCCAGCCACCUCCAGAAGCACCUGGAAAUACUCCAGAGAGACUUCAUUGUUUUCAACAGAGAAAAGGUAAGACCCCACCAUGACAGCAUCCAAGAGACCAUGACAAAAAGUGGCGGCCCACACAGGGAGGACAAUCAGAACAUCAACCUCUGA